UGGCGACCUCUUUUUCUCGGGGCGAGGCCCAGCGUUUGCCUUCAACUACAUCACCGCGUUCCAGGGGCUCACACUGGCUGACCUCGUCAGCUACAGCAUGGAGUCAGAGGCCAGCUGGAAUUGCGGCGUGGAGGGAGUGAGCGCGGAUGAGGGGGUCAUGAGGACACGUCUGAAGCAGGUGCGCAACCACCUGGCGGUGCUCUUCCUCUCGCUGGGCGUGCCGGUGCUGACAGCUGGCGACGAGUACGGCCACUCCAAGGCAGCACAGCUGGCAGCAGAUUACUCCGAGUCCCCUUUUCUCUGGGCCGCUCUGCACACGGACCUGGGAGUGCAGCUCUCUCGCUUCAUCGCCUCUCUUGCCAACUUCCGGCGCCGCCGCACACUGCUGCUGCAGCGCAAGGACUUCUAUUUCGGGGAGGACAUUGUGUGGCACGGCGCGUUCCCCAACCAGCCUGAAUGGGACAACCCCAACUGCUGCUUCCUAGCCUGCACCGUUCACAGUGCCGGCAUUGAAACAUCAGCCAAGGAGGCAGCAGAGGAGGCAGGAGUGCCGGUUACCACAGCGGCCCCAGCUGUAACACCCAGCAUGCCGGUUGGCGAUCUCUACUUCGCCUUUAACGCCCAUGGGAAUGAGAUGAUUGUGGAGCUGCCUGUGCCGCCUGUUGGCAUGAUGUGGCACCUUGUUCUAGACACAGCUAAGGACUAUCCCGCUGACAUCACAGAGCUACCAGCCCAAGGCAUGCCUCCAUCCAUCGCUGGCAGAGUAUCGUCGCCAUACUACAUGGAUGCGUUUUCAGUGAUAGCCUUGGAAGCUCGUGGCCCGCCUUCCUUCGCACCUCGUAUAUACGUACUGGUGACAUGCGAUGAAGGUGCAUCAGCAAUCAAGGUGGUGAACCGCUUCCCCUUCACCAAUUUCCUGCGGGUCCUCAAAGCCGUCAAGGUGGGGGGCCUCUCGUCUGUCGGCCAAUCGCUGCGCGCCACGUUUGACCUGCUGCACACUCAGCGCCUCGCAGCAGACGUCGAUCGAUGGGGCAUGGGUCGCAAUCUCGCCGCUGUGGAUCCAACGGUUGUCAUGCUUCUCACUGAUGGCACACACUUCACAUCGCGGUUUGGAGGAGUGUCAACGAGCCUGGCUCUGUUACCAAACGCCUCGCCCCCUCCACUAGGCAGCGAACUGGCGUCGCAGCCGUUCCGGUGGGAGCAGCGCGUGCUCGCCACCAUCCUCCGCAUACCCAGUGCCAAGCCCGACCACCUCGACAGGAUCGGCCCUCUGCCUGCUGCUGGGCCCAUCUCAGAGUCGCCAGCUGCUGUGGCUGUGGACACGAGUGUGUCAGCCCUGUGUGAAGCCACCGGUGGCAAGUGCAGUGUGGUAACCAGCUGGAAGAUGCUCUUCCAGCACCUAGAUAUUGUCGCCUCCCGCCUCUCGCCAGCUGUCAUCGUCUCAUUCGACCACGUCCCACUGCCGGGCGGCGCACCCAUGCCGCCCCAAGUCCACGCUGCAUGCCAACGAAAGCUGCUAUUCGUUCGUAACCUGCCCACUGCCGGACCUGUAGGCUCGGCAGCUGGGUUGGCCGCCCCAGGCGCAGCAGGGUUGGCAGGACAGCUAGGCUUGGCACCGCCGCAGCCGGGGCCCGGGCCGCCUCCAGUGGUUUGGCCCAUACCUGAAGCAUUCUGGCCAGAUUUUAAGACUCCUAGUCCUGCUACUGCUGCCACUUCUGGGGCAGCAGGAACAGGACAGGUACAGGGGGAGGCAGAGCGAGGGGAGAGAGGAGAGAGAGGGGCUAUAGGAACUCUGUCUCUGGGUGCUACAGUUCUCUCCCCCAGCCCUCCUGUUCCUCCUCUCUUUCCUCCGCGCGACCCGCACCCGGUGAUAACCUAUCGGGCAGUGGAUACAGACGCACGCGUGCCGCCCGGGAUACCGGUAGACAAGUACGAGAUCGAAGGGUGUCCCAUUCUGGGCUUCCUCAGCAAGGCUGGGCCCAACGUGUGCUGGCAGGUGUUUAUGCGAGGGAGCAAGGGUCUUCGGAACGGCCUGGGUGAUCCGUUUGGAUACCUCAGAGUGAACCGGCCAGGCAGCUCGCUCACACUGCACGUUCUUCCCUACAACUACCCUGUGCUGUUCCCUCUCAUAGAGCAGCUCCAAAGAAUGCCGCCCCAUACAAGGGCCUCCCCGCCGGCCGGCUGGCGGCACGACUUUGAGCGUUACUGCGCCAGCGUCCCUCCGUACUACGCCGCCCCACUCCGAUCCGCGAUGCGCAGGCUCGGCGUGUCAGCCGCAGGCGCGGCAGUGCCGGACCAUAUGGACGCGAGCCUGGCAGCAGGUCCGGUGGCAUCGCAGCUUCGGCGGUGGCGGGUGAAGGCCAAAGGGGAGAUUGAAGAGCAGUUGCAGGAGAUUGCGAAGACGGCCAAUCAGAUGGCUCAGUCUGCUGCUGCCCGGCCCCCUCCCCUGCCCACGCUCUCCUUCAAGGUUCCCCUGGCUCUGCCCUCCAUCGCCCCACUCAGUGCUGUUCAAUUGCCCUCUGACAAACCAAAUCAGCAGAAGCAACAGCACCAGCAGCAGCAGCAGCAGCAACAACAGCAGCAGCAGCAGCAGCAGCAGAGGGUGGUGCAGCUGCUACCACCCCCACCGCCUCCUCGCUCCUUCCCUGUCUUCCCCAUCCCUCCUCCGCUUUCCGCCUCUCACUCCCAUCCCUCCCUUGCCUCCACCAAUCCACUCGCUCCAUCUGUCCCUUUUUCCCUCCCUGGAGCUGUGGAGGCUGGGGAGGCUGGUGCUUACAGUAGUGGUGCUUAUAGUUCUGGUGCUACUGGUGCUGCAGCUGGUGCUGCAGGUGCUGGUGGUGCUGGUGGUGCUGGUGGUGCUGGUGGUCCUGCAGGGGGAUCAGGGGUGGGUUCAGGAGGUGGUGAGACGCCGUUGGCAGGGCAAGGGCGUGCAGCCACCAUCUUCUCGAACCCGUGUGAAGUCUCUCGAGAGGACUCUUUGCGGCAAGUGCUUCAGCUGCCCCUUCGCCUUGCCGCCAUCCUCAGCAGCAGCAGCCCUGCCUUCGAACCUGGAAAAACAUUUUCUGCAUAUAGACCCGCGGCACCACAGGAUGAAGGACUGGCAGGCGCAGCAGGAAGACCAGGGGCAACAAGGGCUGGGCAACGGGGGUGGGCGCUUCUGGCAGAAGAGGAGGCAAAGCACACCGUCAGCAUCGAAAAGAUGGGUGACUUCAACGACGCUCUCCAGCGACAGCAACCACCCCGCAGCCCUUAUAUCGACGAUCAGGAUCGCAUCAAGGCUGCACGGACGGCCUUUGGCAACCCGUACCGGCAGGACAAGCCAGACAUGCCCACAGCCAACGAGGCAUUCCUGUGCCUGGACGACCAGACCCCAGGCGCACCUGGUGGAGGCCCACCCGCCAUUGCAGGCUCAUCUGGUGCAGGCUUAUCUGGCGCUGCUGCCAGUGGUACUAGUGCUGGCAGCGGUGGUGGUGCUGCUGCUGCUGGUUCUAAUAGUGCUGCUGGUGCCAGUGGUGCUGCUUCUCCCAGUGUGCUUGCCCUUGCUCGCUCUCAGAAGAGGCGGCGGCGGUCAGAAUCACCAGCACCACCAUCACCAUCGCCCCCCAUGUCACCUCACCCCUCUCCUCCCCCCUCACCCUCUCUUCCCUCUCACACUCCCCCGUCCACUCCUUCUCCCUGCCUGCCCCUGUCCUCCGCAUCACCCCGUGCGGUGCCUGUCCAGGCCUCAGCAUCAGCUCCGGCCGCACCUCAAGUGGACCGUGCCUCAAGGCCUGUCCUGGAAGCAGCUAGUGCAGUCGCUGCCGCAGCAGGUUGCACUGAUACAGCAGCACCAGACGCUGCGGCCCCUGUAGUUUCUGCCACUAUUGCUGCGGUGGCUAAGCCACUGGAUCACACUGUUGCUACUGGCUCUGCCAUUUCCCCGGCCACGGUGGAAGAAGACAAACGACGCGAGCUCAGCCAUCCACUGUUCAUGCCAGAGAGCUGUUACCGGGCGGCGCAGGCGAUGGAGAGGCGCCAGCAGGAGUCCAUGCAAUGGCCCAGAGAGGCGGCAGCAGGAGAGCAGAGAGGUUCAGAUCAGGGAGAAGUGGUAGGAGGUGUUUCAGAGAGUAGACAAACAGGGGUCGCAGAGGAGAUUGGAGACAGGGGUGUAGCAGGAGAGGGAAGAGCGCCAGGGGAGGAGGGUAGAGGCGCAAUGGAGAGUACGGGAGGAAUUGAGGGUAGGGGGAGAGGGGCGAAGCGGCGGAGGGUGAUAGCGGAGGGGGAGGCACGGGAUUGGACGGUGGAUGUGGGGCUGGAGGAGCGGGUGGAGGAGCAGGAGGAUGUUGUGGCGUUGGCAAUGCGGAGGGGCAAUCCUCGCUGGCGCACUGUGCGCACGCCAGCUGGCAACGAGAGGGAUCAGGAGGAGGUGGUGGAUUUUCUGCUGUCGAUCUAUCGGGUGCUGCGGUCCGCACGUCCCAACAACACAAAGCAGCUCUUUGCUCUUCUCUCGGUGCCCGACUUCCCCGUGGACAAACGCCAUUUUGUACAACAGCUUGUAGAAAAGUUCUCCUUCCUCGUCGGCGAAUAUCCGGAAGAGAGCAGAUGGCGCUCGGCGGGACUAUCUGUUGAUCCUGAAUCGUUCGCCAAGACUACAGCACUCGAGGUGAUUCACGCGCGUUGGGCUAUGCUUGGCGUCGUCGCGUGCCUCGUUCCAGAGACUGCUUUCCGGAUACUUCAAGCUUCACACCUCGCUGGCGGCAGCAACAUCGACUCUCUGGGAAGCUCGAUCCUUGAUAGUACGACAAGUUUGGUCGAGUCUUGUGACUUUUGCACCGCGAAGACCAUCCUCGCUAUUGGCGCGAUCCAGAUCCUCGGCAUGGCUGCCGUCGAGGCGUUUCGGGUUUCAGGGGGGCCUCUAGGCGACGCAAGCGGCUCUGUUUAUCCAGGGGGGUUCUUCGACCCGCUGGGUCUGGCAGACAGCAGUAACGCAACUGAGCUGGCGAAGCUUAAGGCCAAGGAGCUUCAGAACGGACGGCUGGCUAUGUUCUCUAUCUUGGGAUUUGCAGCACAGGCGGCCGUGACAGGGAAGGGACCAGUUGAAAAUCUGAUGGAGCAUAUGGCGGAUCCCAAGGUGCACAACGCCUGGACGUACGCCGAGGGUUUGUUCCAGUGA